AGCCGGGUAAAAUUUAUGCAAAAGAAUAAUGGUUUGGAGGUAUUUUUUCUUUUUAUUUUUUUCUCUCCUCACUUCCACCAGGUGUUCACAGAACAGUUCUUAUCCUAACAGUGGAUCAACUAACGCUGAAAAUGAAACCGAAUCGACUGGAUUGAAUUUUUCCAUCUCAAGGCCGACAGAAGCUACAACAUCUGUUUCCAGCGAAAAUGCUCCUAGUAAUAACUCUGUCUUGAAGAAAGAAGGUGCUCAAAACUUUACAGUCGAGGAGGAGGAGUUGUGGUCAUUUGAGCAAGAUGAAUCCGCAUUCAAAAGAAAUUUACCCUUCUUUCAGGAAAAGAUGAUUGAUCGGCUGAGAACUUGGAAAGAAGUUCUGAUCAAUGCAACUAAUCGGUGUGCGAAGCUAAAUUACAUUAGCAGUGCUAUUGCAGCCGAACUAGAAACUAAAUUCGUGGUCUUUCGAGCCCACAACGUUGCUGGCGAGGAUGAAUCUGAUUAUGGUAAAUUUUUGACUCUUGAAACUUUUCACCCAGUGCUCAUGCGGCAGAAGAAAAACCAUGACCUGGUUUCUGUUGCUUAUAUGUCCAUCUUGGAACUGUGGCCUCUGUUGGUUUUGUGCUUUUCGUGUGCGGCUUUAUCAGGAAUGAUCAUCUGGCUUUUGGAUCAUCGCUCGAAUCCGGAGACUUUCUCCAGCCGAUUCUGGAAGGGCAUUGCAGACGGAAUGUGGUGGGCAAUAGUUACCAUGACAACAGUGGGGUAUGGUGACAAAGCUCCCAAGUCAUGGUUUUCUCGUCUCUUUGCUGUUGUGUGGAUGAUAGCAGGAAUAGUUUUAUUGUCCAUGUUCACGGCUCAGGUGUCGUCUCGUCUAACAACUCAGGAGCUAAAGGGCGAAGACCAUUUGUUUGGCAAAAAGAUUGGGGUUCCUCCUGGUCUCCUUGAUUCGAAUUAUGUUGAAUACGAGAUGUCAUUUUCUCUCGUCGAAGAAAUUGACGACCCCAUAAAUUCUGCCUCGAGUCUAAAGGGCCUUGAUUCCACUUUGGUGUUCCACUGCAAUGACAAAGAAGACGAUGGUUGGGAAGCUUUGAAGUUUCUUCCGCUCUGCGACAUUGGUGCCGCUUUUCUCUUACAUCCUGACAACGACGACGAGUUACCUAUGGAUAUUAAGGUUGAGGAGCGUUUUUUUAGAUGCCUGAAGUCCAAAGUACGAUCAGCGAGAAUAAAUAUUACUGAACUUAGGCGAAAUAAAAACAGAGAAGGCAUGAAAUCACACUCUUGCAAAAAGUUUCUACAGGAGCCAGAUACCCUCAAGUUUCAGUUUAAGUGGGUUUAUUUCAGUAGCCUAUCACAGUAUCUUGUUCCUUUUGGUGCACUUAUGGGGGCAAUCGUACUGGCGUUUAUUUUUGGCUCUAUCUACGAUUUCUGCUGCCGUGAAAAUAAGAAGAGGAAGAGCCUGAGGAAAGGAGCAAACUCUCUCCAAAGUCAUUCAACUCAAGUAAGCCUCGCUCAAAAAUCUGGUGAUGACCACCAAGAGCUUGAUAUGGUGAAAAGCAAAGUCUAACAUUAAGGAGCUGGUGCAUUGAGAAGUAAAUUGUAGAAAUGUAAACGUAGUUAUGACGCAUUAUUGCGUCCACAUUGAAACUGCUAAAAGCUCUGUGUUCCUGCUAUCUGUUCAUUACUUUAUGCCGACAUUAAGGGACUUGGUGAAGUUUAUAACUAAUAAGUAAAUGAAAAUAAGUACGUAAAUAGUUUCAAGUAGUUUUGCUGUCUAGUGGAAAUACGAAUGCAUAAAUUUUGUAGAUACCCGCCCGAGGUCAACAGCGAAAAGAAUCUCAAAUUCAAGCGCUGUCAA